AUGGCGACGUUCGCCAAGCCGGAGAAUGCGCUGAAGCGCGCCGAAGAGCUGAUGAACGUGGGGCAGAAGGCCGCAGCCCUGCAGUCCCUGCACGAUCUGAUCACGUCGAAGCGGUACCGCACAUGGCAGAAGCCGUUGGAGCGCAUCAUGCUUAAGUACGUGGAGCUGUGCGUGGACAUGCGCAAGGGGCGCUUCGCCAAGGACGGCCUCAUCCAGUACCGCAUCGCUUGCCAGCAGGUGAACGUGCAAUCGCUCGAGGAGGUGGUGAAGUAUUUCCUCAAGCUCGCCACGGAGAAGGCGGAGCAGGCGCAGGCGCAGGUGGAGGCGGCGGCGGCGGAAGCCGCCUUGGGGGAGGUGGCGGAUCUGGAGGCGGAGAAGAGCCCGGAGGACCUGAUGCUGGGGUUCGUGAGCGGCGAGAAGGGCAAGGAGCGCACGGACAGCGAGCUCGUCACGCCCUGGUUCAAGUUCCUCUGGGAGGCCUACCGCACCGUGCUGGACGUGCUGAGGAAUAACUGCAAGAUGGAGGCUCUCUAUGCGGUGAGUGACCGGGUUCGCGAGAGGGGAGAAGGCAAGGAGCGGCGAGAAGGGCAAGGAGCGCACGGCCAGCGAGCUCGUCACGCCCUGGUUCAAGUUCCUCUGGGAGGGGUGGUGAGAGUGGGGGAGUGGGGGGGUUGGCGGAGAGAACGGGGGGAAUCGGCGGACCUGGAGGCGGAGAAGAGCCCCGAGGACCUGAUGCUGGGGUUCGUGAGCGGUGAGAAGGGCAAGGAGCGCACGGACAGCGAGCUCGUCACGCCCUGGUUCAAGUUCCUCUGGUUUUAG